AUGGUGGAUGGUUAUGAUGGUGAGCGUGGAAGUGUGGUUGCUGGUGGACGUGGCUAUUUUCUGAAGGGACCUCUCGUUUUCUUGGAGCAAGCUAUCAUCAACCUGGCUUUACGUAUGCUAGAUGAACGUGGCUUUAUGCCGUUGUACACCCCUUUCUUUAUGCGCAAAGAAGCGAUGCGAGCAGUCGCACAACUGAGCCAGUUUGAUGAGGAAUUAUACAAAGUUACUGGUCGUCGUGAGCUCACUACUGCGACUGAUCAUGAUUCACAAGUGCAUGGAAAUGAUGAAGAAGAGAAAUAUUUAAUUGCAACUUCUGAACAGCCAAUUGCCGCAUUUCAUCAAGAUGAAUGGUUGCCUAUCAAUCAAUUGCCAAUUAAGUAUGCUGGUAUUUCAACGUGUUUCCGACAGGAAGUAGGCAGCCACGGUCGUGAUACUCGCGGAAUAUUUCGUGUCCAUCAGUUUGAAAAGGUUGAACAGUUCUGUAUUACUAGCCCACAUGACAAUUUAUCCUGGGAGAUGUUUAAUCAUAUGAUUUCUAAUGCUGAAGAUUUUCACCAAGCCCUAGGAUUACCUUAUCGCAUUGUCUCUAUUGUAUCUGGAGAACUUAAUAAUGCUGCAGCCAUGAAAUAUGAUUUAGAAGGUUGGUUUCCUGGUUCUGGUGCCUUUAGAGAACUUGUGUCUUGCAGUAAUUGUUUGGACUAUCAAUCUCGUCGACUAGCAAUCCGUUUCGGUCAAACAAAGAAAAUGAACCAAAGUGUUGAAUAUGUACAUAUGCUCAAUGCAACAAUGUGUGCGACUACUCGUGUAAUCUGUGCAAUUUUGGAGAAUUAUCAAACUGAGCAUGGGAUUAUCGUGCCAGAAGUUCUGAAAUCCCUAAUGCCAAGAAAAUAUCAAAGCUUUAUACCGUUCAUAGGCCAUGAAGAUAAGAUACCUGCUAUUAAUGGAGAUAUUCCGGUGACAUUUGGUGAUCAAUCUUCAACGACUACUCGAGACAUAAAUUCAUUCAAUGAACUUAGUGAGAAAAUUAAUUCUCUGGCUGGAGCCACUGAAACUGGUCAGAAUGAUAACGCUGAGAAAAUCGUCGUUGACAAACCUCUUGCUGUUGUACAUCCUGUAGCAGAUUCUGUUAUGGUACAUCAUAAGAAUGAUUUACACAUUGAGAAUAAAGAUGUGGGUGAUGAUGAGUCUGUCAAUUUACACUGUAGUACUCCUGAAUCAACUGAUUCCAAGAAGAAACGUAAGAAGAAACCUAAAAAGAAACAAUCAGAAUAA